AUGGCAUACAAACAUGGAGGAAGACCACUAGUAUCUUUUGGUAGAGUUCAGGAGUUCUCAGAAAUACAGACCACUCAUGCGUCCCUGAAGGCCAGUCCGCCCCACAGCACCUCCUACAGGAUCCUCCAGGAGGAAGAGAAGGUGAAGAACAGCUCCCUUCAGGAGCAGCUUAUUGAAAGAGAUCAGUACAUCGCCCGGCUGCAGGAUGCACUUCGGUUAGAGAGGGAGAGGAAUGUGAAGCUGCAGUCUCGGUUUAACCAGCAGGGGUUGGAGCUGAGGCGCAGAGAGCAGCACGCCAACAGAAUGAGAGAAAAACUCUCUCAGGUCACUGACCGACACAGGGACCGCGGAGCGUCCAUAGAGAUCAUGAAUGCUCUUCCGAAGCCAUCAGGACGAAGGGAGCCUGUGUCCAGGGCUGCGAGGGCUGAUUGGAGGAAAGACCAGGCUCUACAGCUGAUGUUGGAGAGGAGGGAGGCGGAGCUUAGAGAGGCUAUGAAGCUCCGCCACAGCCUCACAACUCUCCUGCACGCGCUCAGAACUGACAUGCAGCAGACCCUGCAGGACAGUGUGGAUGCUGAGGAGGAGGAGGAGGAAGAGGAGGACGAGCAGCAGGAAGUGGACACCAGCUGGCUGGUCCAAUCAGAGCAGUCGCUCGGUGAUCAUGUGACAGGGGGUGUGGUUCUGGAGUGGACGCAGGUGAAGAAGAGACUGAGGGAGCUGCAGUCGGAGAGCCCUGUUGCUGUGAGGACGGAUCAGGAGAAGCUCCUGGCUCAGCUUGAAGAAGAGCUGGAGCAGAGCAGAGAGUUGGUCCAAGUUCAGCAGCAGCUACUGCAGGACAAUGUGGACUCUCCUCUUCCAGAUGCUCUGAUCGACUCCUAUUAUCUGGAAGAAUGGGAGCGGCUUCAGGACCGGUGGGUGGAGCUUAAACAUCAGAGGCGGAGCUUCCAGCAGGAGAGGCAGGCUUUCACUGAUGCUGCAAUCCGAUUAGGGUGUGUGUUUGAGCAGCAGAAGGCAGCUCUCAUGAAGCAGCAGUUCCUCACUACAUCUCCAAUAACGAAGACCAGCCACUCAAACAGGAGAGAGAGCACAGCACUCGGAGAGCUGCGAAUGGCAGCUCCAGACAGUCUGGCUCUCUCCCCCUGUGCUCCCAUCACUCCCUCCUCUGAGGGGUCAGAGGGGCCUGGGUCAGCUCAGAACAUUAUGACCCCCAGCACUCCGGAACUUUACUCUGUUCUGCAGCUCAAUUACUACUGCAGGUCAGUGGAGAGUCCUCCUCCUUUUCAGAAGGAGCCACAGGGAGGCGUUUUCAGCCCUGACCACCAAAACAUGGAUGACUGGCCUUUUUAG